GGAAAAAAAAUGCUAAAACCCUCAUGUCUCUUCUCUCUUCCCUAAACCCUCUUUACAUCUUGCAAACAAAACUACUAUCAGUCCACCUUUCACCAUUGUAAGAGCUCCAAUGGCAGCCUUUGAACUACUCUACCAAGCUCGUCGUCACUGCUCAUACAUAACCCCAUCUCACUUUUCUCCUCUUAUUCGUUCUCAUUUUCACAGAUUACUCUCCUCAUCCUCAUCAUCAGAAAACCCGAAUCCGAAUAACCCAAGUCCAAUUCAACCCGUUUCCUACACCCCUAAGAACCCGCCGGAGAGUAGUACCCGACUCGAAUCAAAUAACCCAGAUGGGGUUAAAGCGGAUGGUGGGUUGUGGACCCGGGAGGAUCUGCGGUACUUGAAGGAUGCACCGAAAAUAGCUCCGAUUUCUUAUCCGACAAGGGUGGCGCCGUUACCGGAGGAUUUGCCGGAAGAGGAGAAAGUGAAAGUGGAAGGUAUGGGUGAUGAGGAGAUGGAGAGAGAGAGGAGAAGAAUCGAGGCGCAAAAACGGGCGGCAAUGAGGAGAGUUAUGAAUGUUGAAGAGGAAAUGGUUUCGUUUCCAACAUUGAUUAAUGUGAAGAGUGAUGAAAAGAAGAAAAAAGCUGUUUAUGAUCUUAAAGAGGCCAUUCGGCUUGUAAAGGCUAAUGCCAAGAAGAGGUUUGAUGAAACUCUGGAAGCUCAUGUUGUUUUGACUCCUGAUAUGCGCCGAAGUGACCUGAAGCUUGAAGGUACAGUGGCUGUUCCUCAUGGGUUUGGAAAGGUAUAUCGCAUUGCUGUUUUUGCUGAAGGAGCUGCUGCUGAUGAUGCCCGAGAAGCAGGGGCUGAUGUUGUUGGUGGUUUGGAGCUCGUAGAGAAUAUCAAGAGUGGAAAUGUGAAGAUUGAUUUUGACAAAUGUUUUUCCACUCAUGCAAUGAUGCCGAACUUGAGACAGAUUGCGAAGUACUUGAGGCAAUUGAUGCCAGAUACUAAGAAAGGUACUGUUACCAAAGAUAUAACAAAAGCAGUGAAAGAAGCUAAGCGAGGUGUACCUUUCAAAAAAGAUAAAACUGCAAUUGUGCAUGUAGGAAUUGGGAAGGUAAGUUUUCAAGAAGAGGCAUUGUGUGAAAACAUUGGUGCAUUUGUACAUGAACUUUUGCGUCAGAAGCCUGCUGGUCUAAAAAAGAGCUCAAAAUAUGCUGGUUAUGUGAAUACAGUCCAUCUCUGCAGUACGAUGGGUCCAUCAUUUCCUGUUACAAUACAGUCGUUAUCGAUUGCAGCAGACCGCCAUGCAAGGAAGUAUGUUCAAUGAUAGUAUCUGAGUAGAAGAUCAAAUAAAUUGACUUGAUACCCUCUCUUAAUAGAUCCAAUUUUAACUUGGUACUUUGUUGUACUCAUUUGUUUAAAUUUCUUGAUUUUCCCACAUUAGAAAAGGGUGUUUCCUAGUUUUUUUUGUUUCUUCCCCUUUAUUGUAAUGAUCUUUCCCCUGGCCUGCUUGAAACCCCUUUUAACACAAAAUCACUACUGUUGCUUCACAUUUUUAUUGUUCGGUCAUCAUAUGUCAUAUAUAUUAUUAUUAUAAGUAUAAGUGGGAAGUUUCAAAGUAAAAAGUUGAAUUA